GUAAUGGUCGACCAUUGUUUGAACCAGCUGGUCACGGCCGGUUUAUCUAGCGUUAGAUACUCGUGAUAGUAUCAGUUUGAUAACGUUGUCAUUAUUUCGUCGUUUCGGGCGAUAUUUGUGUCCUCGGAACAUGAUUUUCAGUUGAGAUUUAGCUUUGCUAGCGGUGAACCGGGCGGGUCAGAUAUGCUUUCGCUUGUGGACGGAUGCUGCUCAGCGGGAUAGUCGACCCUGGUUCACCGUGAAACCUCCAUCUUCGAGGGUCGAAACAAACCGUCAACUGCCAAAAUCAAGAAGGUUGUUUAUGCCACCAGUCUUUCUCUGUGCCUGUGUCUACAAUGGAGACCACUCAGGUGACUUUGGCUGUCAGAGGGGAAACAAACUCAGGGGAGGUGAUUGCAGUUGUUGGUAGCUGUGAUGCCCUGGGAUGCUGGAGCCAUCAAAAAGCUGUCACCUUACAUCCUGUUGGUAAUGAUGGAAAUUUGUGGACUACCACCGUCACUGUGCCUAAAGGAGUUGUGUCGAAGUACCGCUAUCUCAAAGGCUUCUUCCUGGAGUCAAAGAGUGCAGGUGGUCCCUGUCAAGUGAUAGUCAAUAUGUGGGAGACCCAUCAACAGCCCCGCAUGAUGAGCCCCACAGCCUCACACCAGAAUAUUGAUGACGGACAUUUUGGAAUUCACAAUGGGCUGAAUUGUGUUGACUCUGGGUGGCUCACGUGCCAGACAGAGAUUCGCCUGCGUCUGCACUUUUCAAAGACGCCUCCGGUGUCAAUCACGAAGAAGAAAUUCAAGAAGUCUCGCUUCAGAAUCAAGCUGACAUUAGAGGGCUUUGAGGAGGAGGAAGAUGAAGAGGAAGAGGAAGAGGAGCUCAGUCCUUCAACUUGGCACAAGAUGACCACCACUCUGGAGAUCAGUAUGAUCAGUGCCAACGGCUACAAGUCUCGCCACUCGCAGCCUGAAUGUGGGUACGCACUGGAGCCCUCUCAGUGGACUGAGUACAGUAUCCACACCAUGGACCCAGACAACCUGGAGCUCACCUUUGAGUUCUUUGAGGAGGAUCUGGGUGAGCACGUAGUCCAGGGGGACGCUCAUCCCGGGUUUGUUGGCACAGCUUGCCUCCUCUCCUCAUCUUUCCUGGAGAGCGGUAAGGACAACGGAGUCGCCACACUUCCAAUAAUGGGUCGAAAUUCCAGACAGACCAUUGGGAAAGUCAGAGUGGAUUACCUGGUGAUCCGACCCAUCCGGGGGCUGCAGUGUGACAUGAGCUCCUCUUUCACCAAGUACUGGAAGAAAAGAAGCACUCUGGAUGUGGGUCACAGAGGAGCUGGCAGCACACAUGCAGCCAAGCACCACAGAGUCCGGGAAAACACAAUAGCCUCAUUCAAGAGCGCUGCCACACAUGGUGCAGCCUAUGUCGAGUUUGAUGUACAUCUGUCCAAGGACAGUGUUCCCAUUGUAUACCAUGAUCUGACAUGCUGCAUAUCCACCAAGAAGAAAAAUGACAAGACUUCUCUGGAGCUUAUUGAGGUGCCAGUCAAAGACCUAACAUAUGAUCAGCUGCAGCUUCUGAAGCUGGCCCAUGUCACCGCGAUGAAAGAAAACAAUGACAAAGAUUUGCUGGACGAUGAAGAGGAAAUCGAUGAGCAUCAGCCAUUCCCCUCACUCUCACAGAUCUUCCAAGCUGUUCCUGAGCAUGUUGGCUUCAACAUCGAGCUCAAAUGGAUCUGCCAGAUGAAGGACGGAUCAUGGGACGGCAACUUAUCAUCCUACUUCAACAUGAAUACCUACCUCGACAUCAUCCUGUCCUGUGUUCUGCAAAAAGGCGGAAAAAGACGCAUCGUCUUCUCCUGCUUUGACCCAGACAUCUGCACCAUGGUGCGUCAAAAGCAGAACAAGUACCCCAUCCUCUUCCUCACUCAGGGAAUUUCAGACAGGUAUCCUGAACUGAUCGACAUCCGCUGCCAGACCACUCAGAUCGCCAUAAGUUUCGCCCAGAGUGAGAAUAUUCUGGGGAUCAGUGCCCACACUGAGGAGCUGCUGAAGAACCUGUCCUACAUCGGGGUUGCCCAGUCGAAAGGCCUGGUGGUGUUCAGCUGGGGAGAUGACAACAACGAGCACGAGAUCAGACGGAAGCUCAGAGAGCAAGGAAUCGAUGGGCUCAUCUAUGAUAGUAUCUGUGACGACCAAGGAGAGCAGCCAAACAUUUUCCAGAUAGAGGAGCAACACUCCCUGCAGGAGGUUAUUACAGAGGAGACCCUCAAGAGCUCCACCUGCUCCUGCUACUCCAUCCCCUGCUCCACGGCCCCCUGCCCCACCUCCAAGGCCCGUGCUGGCAGCGCAGAGUCCGAUUCUGGCCUCAGCUCCUCAUAAACAUCCGUAAACUCCAACCACACACACACACACACCAAAAGAGCCAAGCUGGUGGAUGGAUGAUCAAACAAAAACAUUGCUGAAAAACAGGGACUGUCUUUCAUCCAGAUGGGCGUGGUUUUGCGGUGCGUGCUUUCAGCAGUCUCGUCUCUGCUUCGCUGAACGCCGUGACCGUCAGCCCGUGCUCUGAGUGCACAUUCAUACUUAAUAGGAUGACCUGCGUUUCAAAAAAGAGGGGUGCAUUUGUGAAGAUUAUCUUCUUGAACAAAAUGUAUCAUAAAAAGCUUAUUUUUCCACAAUGAUCCAAAAAUUCACUGGAAAAAUCCCAUAGGCUUUUUGACAAGUUAACCAGGGUGAAGCUAACUUCUGCGUAGGAAUGCACGAUAUUAUCGGCACAUCAUCGGUAUCAGCAGAUAUUGGCUCUAAAAUGAAAUAUUGGUAUUGACUUAAAUUCUGAUUUCUGCCAAUUUCACAAACGUCAAAAAAGUCAUCCCUGACUCAGCUAAAAAACACAACCCCACAGCUAAAAACAAAAACACAUGAUGGUGUCAUUUUUAGCUCAUCACACGAGUCAGCAGUGACAAAAUUCGGGCAUCGGUUUGCAGCUUCAUGUCACCGGCUUCCACUGAAAAUGUUGCUGUGUCGCUUGUAGUGCGACCACGGCAUAAGAUGCCGCCCCCUGGUGAAAGUUUUUAGGGAGUCUCUUGCAAAAUGAACGAUCAGGUUUGUGUAAAUAUUUUAAAAAUGUAUUUAAGAUUGUGAGAAGAUUCAUCAUUACUUUACCUGCUUCACACAUGAUCACAAGGGAAACACCAGUUAAACCAUGUUCUCUCACAGAUUUUUGUCUUGCACACCUCAGAAAAGUUUAGUUAUUUAUGCUUUUUACCGAAAUAGUUGGAUAUUUUGCCAAAAUAUUAUAGUGGUAGCAGAACAGGGUCAAAUUGGGAACUCCACAGUGGAUAUUUAUUUCGCUUACAUGUUGCUUUGCUCCAUAGUCUAAGUGCUCAAAUUUAAUGCAUAUUACAUUUUACAGGUGUAAAAGUGAAACAGAACAACUGCAGGUUGUCUGUCUUAAAGUUUAUGAUGACGAUCGUGCUGUUAGGUCUUUUCUGUGCAUGCUGCCAUUACCUUUUGUGUUAUCUCCACUGCCUCGAGUAGCAAUGAGUAACAGCUACUAAUUGCUAUUUAGGGUGUGGCGCAGAAAUAUUUGGGAGGUGCUCGUUGCCAUUAUAAAAUACUCGCCUCUUUGUGGAUGGUCUACAGCAGUAAGAAGAAAACGGUCCUGUUGGGACUGUUGAAAACACUUACUUCGUCUUUCAACACUGUUUCUUAACUUUUUGGGUUUCACAGCUAUUAUUGUAAACGACAUGCUGCACACCAGAUUUACUGUUACUGUGUUCUUUUUAUCUACCUGAUUUGAGGAAAAGCAGAAGAAUGUUUCAUUUGUGACAGCGUGCACAUACCACAGCCUUAAGGGGGGAAAAAAUCCGAUCUGUUUGUGUUUUUAAAAACCGCCAAUACCUCACUCAUCAUCUAUUGGAGUAGACUUGAGUUGAGAGUUUUGUACAGAAAUAAAUUCCUUCUGAGAGAUCUUAUUUACAUUCACAAUGCACACUUUUUAUUGCAUGGCAGAUCAUGUUUUGGCACCAAUAACGCUUGAAAUAAUUCACCAUUUGCAUAUUAACAUGGUGUAUCAGUGUAAUGAAUGCAGCAAUUUGAACACAGCAAAAUCCAUUUAUAGUGUACUCUUUGUAUAUAUAGCACACUGCCUGUAUAUCGGUCACAAAUUCUGACCUUCAAGCUGGAAUGAUUGAGGCAUGCAUGGUCUCGUAUAUCUGUAUGAAUUUAGUGUGUGGUAUUAACUGCCACUUCAGGACAGGAAGGUGUAAAAGGUGAUGUAAAUAAAAUCAAAACCUAUAUUUGUUUA